AUGAGGACGGGACAUUUGGCACUAAGACUCCUGGCUGUGAGCCUUUGCAUUUGGAUGACGAAUGCGGCAACCAGCACCACCGCGACAACGAGCUCCGGCACGAGUACCACUGUUGCGGCCACCACCACGACAUCGGCGGCUGCGACAACUACAACCACAGCUGCAACUACAGCUGCAACUACAUCGGCGGCGACAACCGUUGCAUCCACGGGAACGGUACAUCGCAAGAAAAUCCGUAUUAGCAACCUGAAAUGGUCGUCAAAACGCAGGAUCAAGGUUCACAGGGGCACCACUAAUAGGAGCACUCGCAGCAGAAGUGUUUUGGGCAGGCGGAUCUUGAGGUCUCGCAACGGUAGCCGUGCGCGUGUUUUGGUCUUGAACCAGCGCCGUGCUCAGGGAUAA